ACCAUGCAGAAGUUAACUGUAACGUUUCUUACGGCUGCCCUUCUCUGCUCGACACUUGUCCCCAAGCCAGCUGAGGGGGGUAUUGUUGAAGCGUUUAUUACAAAAAUUAUCUGCAACAAGGUGUGCGAUAAAGUUUGUGACAAGAUGGCGGACAAACCUGGAAGUUGCAAAACAGUGUGCAAGGAGGUUGGAUGCACUUUGGUAACGAUAGCCGUAUCCGCGGGCAAACGGGAUGAGAUUCCUUCUGGAGUUAAGGCUGAUCAGGAAAUGCUGUCCGACGCUUUAAAGGACUUUAAGAAAUCCGACCAUUUGUCUUUCCUGAUUUUGCCAAACGAGUUUGCUGAGUACGACACCAACCACAAUUCGGUCAUCUCGUACGACGAGUUCAAGAAGGCGUUAGGCAUGGGAGAUGAGUCCGCUAAAUGGCUGUUCGAUGCUAUGGACAAAGACGGAGACAAGGCGAUCACGUGCUACGAGUUCCUUCUUGGUGCAACCAAUUCCAAGAUUCCCUUCAAAGCCCUGCCUAAGUGCCUGUGAAAUGCCACAGAGCAUGCGCCAGCUUCGGCAUCAAGAGCCGGCACGAGCGUAUAUUCCAUAAAUAAAUAAAGAGACCUUAAACUAAAUGAAUGAUAAUGUUAAUGAUUUGGAAUGCCACUAAAUAAAAAGCCGAUA